UCUCCCCCGGCCCGCCGCACCUGGGCGCCGCGCUCCGGCCCCGCGCCCGACAUGACCGCCCUGGCCGGCGCCGUGCCGAGGAUGAUGCGGCCGGGCCCCGGGCAGAGCUACCCCCGCGGCGGCUUCCCGCUCGAAGUCUCUACUCCUCUAGGCCAGGGCAGAGUCAAUCAGCUCGGUGGAGUUUUUAUCAAUGGCAGGCCUUUACCCAACCAUAUCCGACACAAGAUAGUGGAGAUGGCCCACCAUGGCAUAAGGCCCUGUGUCAUCUCUCGCCAGCUGCGAGUGUCCCACGGCUGCGUCUCCAAAAUUCUCUGCAGGUACCAGGAGACGGGCUCCAUCCGGCCGGGGGCCAUCGGCGGCAGCAAGCCCAAGCAGGUGACGACGCCGGACGUUGAGAAGAAAAUCGAGGAGUACAAGAGGGAAAACGCGGGCAUGUUCAGCUGGGAGAUCCGGGACAAGCUGCUGAAGGACGGGGUGUGCGACCGCAACACGGUGCCGUCAGUGAGCUCCAUCAGCCGCAUCCUGCGGAGCAAGUUUGGGAAAGGCGAGGAGGAGGAGGCCGAGCUGGAGCGGAAGGAGGUGGAGGAAGGCGACAAGAAGGCCAAGCACAGCAUCGACGGCAUCCUCAGCGAGAGAGCCUCAGCCCCCCAGUCCGAGGAAGGCUCCGACAUUGACUCCGAACCAGACUUGCCGUUGAAGCGGAAGCAGCGCCGCAGCAGGACCACCUUCACGGCCGAGCAGCUGGAGGAGCUGGAGAGGGCUUUUGAGCGGACUCACUACCCGGACAUUUAUACCCGUGAGGAACUCGCGCAGAGAGCCAAACUCACGGAGGCGCGAGUUCAGGUCUGGUUUAGUAACCGUCGAGCUCGAUGGAGGAAACAGGCAGGAGCUAAUCAACUGAUGGCUUUCAACCACCUGAUCCCGGGAGGGUUUCCACCCAGCGCCAUGCCGACGCUGCCGACCUACCAGCUCUCCGAGCCGUCCUAUCAGCCCACCUCCAUACCGCAAGCCGUGUCUGAUCCGAGCGGUACAGUCCAUAGACCUCAGCCGCUUCCCCCGAGCACCGUGCACCAAAGCAGCCUCCCCUCGAACCCGGAGAGCGGCUCUGCCUACUGCCUGCCCAGCAGCCGACACGGGUUUUCCAGCUAUACAGACAGCUUUGUGCCUCCGUCCGGGCCCUCGAAUCCCAUGAACCCUGCCAUUGGCAAUGGCCUUUCACCUCAGGUAAUGGGACUCUUGACUAACCAUGGUGGUGUGCCUCACCAGCCCCAAACCGAUUAUGCCCUGUCCCCUCUAACUGGGGGCCUUGAGCCCACCACUGCUGUGUCAGCCAGCUGCAGUCAGCGGCUAGAGCACAUGAAAAGCUUGGACAGCCUGCCCACGUCCCAGUCCUACUGCCCGCCAACCUACAGCACCACGGGCUACAGCAUGGACCCCGUCACCGGCUACCAGUACGGACAGUAUGGACAAAGUGCCUUUCAUUAUCUGAAGCCAGAUAUUGCAUAAAUGAACUGUCCACUUCAAGUUAAAGCCAGUCUUGUUUUCUGGUCUCACUCCAAUGCUUGGAUACGAGGGAUCUUCUCACCGCACUGCAGUCUAAACUGGGGCAAUCCCAAUCAGAGAAGCAGGCUUGUUAUGUUCUCUCCAGUCAUUGCUUUUAGCAGACUUUUGAAGGCUGGACAAAAUUAUACAGAAGACAAAGGCCAAAAGCAAUAAUGAAUAAGUAAAUGCAAUGUGGUUCAGUAUAAAUGGGUAUAUGAAACAGAGCAGUGUUUAAUAUCACUGCCUGGCAAAACAUUCCAUUUUUUGUUGCUGAAAUUAAUGUGCAUUGAUAGGACAAAUAGAGAAUUUUGAAAAUUAGCAGUUGAGCUCUGCAUACUCUGACUCCUCUGACAACCAAUGCUGACUUCAGUCUAACUUCAAAACUGCUCAGUUUCUGACAGAUGGGCAGCAGAAUCUCUUUCAUUUUACACACUGGAAAUUGUCAUCAAGAGGAAAUGUCACAGUCCAUAGGAAGCUAGGAUGAGUGCAAAAUCUUCCAGAGUAACUUAUUGGUUAUCUUACCAUGCGUUUGUAAUCAUAUUGUCAAUAAAUGUCACUUACAAGUUUUGCUUUACUAGCAAACAGGAUCUUCUGUAACAUGAAAACCAGAUUUUACCUUUUUGUAUGUGGAGUUUUCCUAGUCCAUGCUAUGUUUUGGAACAAACAAGGAAAAAAUCAACAACAAUGUGACUGACUUUUCACAACUGCCUAACAAUGUGCAAUACUGUGUACCUCACACAAACUUUGGGAUCAUCCAAAGUCAUAUAGAUAGAAUCAGAACUAUAUUUUUGCAGGUACUUUUAUUUUUGCAUUGCAUAAUUCCUGAUGAUAAAAUACAGAAACAUUGCAGUGUGCUGGACAACUAAAAUCCAGCUUGUUAAUCAUGAUUUAAAGGUCAUUUUCAGGAAACAAUACAAAUAAAUGAUUACGUUUACAUUUUUUUGGUUAUGUACAGGACUUGAACAGAAAUGGUCCUGUAUUUGACACAUUUGUUUAAAUUAUACAGUGAUAUCCAUUAUAGAAAAUAAUAAUAGGAACAAAGGUUUACAAGAAGUUUGCAUUGUGACAUUUUAGAAUGUCAAUAAAUUUGUGUUUUGUGAUGUUGAGAGGAACAGGAAGAUGGAAGGCGGUGUUAUUUAUUUCUCUCUAUUCUUGGAACAAAGAGGGAGGCAGAACACAAAUACAUUCCUUCUAGCGUUAAGGACUAUGAAGUAGUGAGUUAGAUUAGGUUCAGUACAGAGAUUAGUUCACACAUUGGUCUUAAGGGUGAUGGAAAAAUGAAAUACUAUCUUUGUGUUGCAGCCUCUACCAACAACACACGUGUUGUAAAAAAAAAAGAAAACGUCUUUCAUGUAAAAAGUUCAGUAAAUAUUUACUAUUUAUAAUGAAUAAACAGUUAUGAAGACUUGCAAAGCACUGAUGAUUUUGUCCUAAAAUGUAGUACUGUGCUAAAUACAUUGAUACAUUUUAAUCUGAUUAUCAUGAAGAAAUAAACCAUGUUAUCUUCAACUCAAACUGUAUUUAUUAUGUAAGCGUAUUCUGCACACAUCCUAAGGCUGUGGUAGACUGGGUACUGCUAACAUGCCACUCAGAGCUUUGUGCUUGUUAAUCAACUAUGUGUUUUUCAGAUAGCAUCUGUACCAGUACAUCUUUCUGACAAAUCAGAAAAGUGUUGUACCUUUGCCAUGCAUCUAUAAGGAAAGAGAUAGGAUAGUUAAAAAAUGCUGAAAAUGGGUAAAAGGAUUUUUUUUUCUUUCAGAGUUAUAUUUCUCUGCUAUGCUUUUAUCUAUAGUGAAAAUUUAAAAUGUAGAAGUAUCUUAUUAUUACCCAGUCCCUGCUCUAAACUGUUUAUUUUCUGUUUUUUUCAGUGUUCCUGUGUGUCCCCUCUCCUUUCUGAGAGCUCAGCCAUUGAUAUUUGUCUACUGUCCCAGGCUUGCUACCAAGGUCAAAUAAACCUUCCCCCCAGUCCCCCUCCACAGUACAUUUGGUGUGAAGCACAGGAUAAAAGCCUGCUCACGCAGUUUGAAAGUGUA